AUGGCUGGUUUUGUUGGAGAAGCCGUUUUGUCUGGGUUCAUUCAGAAGUUGGUCGACAUGGUCGCCUCGCCGGAGCUGUGGAAGUACGCACGUGAAGAGCAAGUGGAUUCUGAACUGAACGAGUGGAAGAAAAUAUUGAUGAAGAUCUACGCAGUGCUCCAUGACGCGGAGGACAAGCAGAUGACAAACCCCCUGGUGAAGAUGUGGCUACACGACCUCAGAGACUUGGCUUAUGAUGUAGAGGACAUCUUGGAUGAAUUCGCCACCCAAGCUUUGCGACGCAACUUGAUCGUGGCUCAACCCCAACCGCCCACUGGUACUGUUCAGAGCAUUUUCUCUUCUUUGUCUACUAGUCUCACUUUGAGUGCUGCUUGGUCCAAUUUAAGUAUGGGUUCCAAGAUAGAGGAGAUCACUGCCAGAUUGCAAGAUAUUUCAGCCCAAAAAAAGCACCUGGAUUUAAGAGAUGUUUCUGCUGGUUGGUCUGGUAGAAAGAGACUACGGAGACUGCCAUCCACUUCUUUGGUGAUAGAAUCUCGUAUUUACGGCAGGGAAACAGAAAAAGCAGCCAUACUUGCCAUGCUGCUCAAGGAUGAUCCAAGUGAUGAUGAAGUCUGCGUGAUCCCUAUCGUCGGCAUGGGAGGUAUAGGCAAAACUACUCUUGCUCAACUUGCGUUUAAUGACGAUAAAGUGAAGGAUCAUUUUAAUUUGCGAGCUUGGGUCUGUGUUUCCGAUGAUUUUGAUGUUUUGAGGGUGACCAAAACUAUUCUGCAAUCACUUUCUCCACAUACACGUUAUGCCAACAAUCUUAAUUUGCUUCAGAUUGAGCUCAGGGAGAAACUUUACCGGAAGAAAUUUCUUCUUAUCUUGGACGACGUUUGGAAUGAGAAUUUUGAUGAAUGGGAUAUUUUGUGCAUGCCGAUGAGAGCCGGAGCGUCAGGCAGUAAGCUUAUUGUCACAACCCGUAAUAAAGGGGUUGUAUCUGUUACCGGAACUUGUUCAGCUUAUCCCCUUCAGGAGUUAUCAUAUGAUGAUUGUCUAUCUUUAUUCACCCGACAAGCAUUAGGGGCAAGAAACUUUGAUGCUUAUCCACACCUGAAAGAAGUUGGAGAGGAGAUAGUCAGAAGGUGCAAAGGCUUGCCUUUGGCAGCAAAGGCCCUUGGUGGCAUGUUGCGCAAUCAACUAAAUCGCAGAGCAUGGGAAGAUAUAUUAACAAGCAAGAUAUGGGAUCUCCCGGAGGAGAAAAGUCAUAUUCUUCCGGCUCUCAAGCUAAGCUACCAUCAUCUUCCUUCUCAUUUGAAGCGGUGUUUUGCUUAUUGCUCGAUAUUUCCAAAAGACUAUGAAUUCGACAAAGAUGAAUUAAUCCUAUUAUGGAUGGCAGAAGGUUUUCUGCAACAAACAAAGGGAGAGAACCAGCCUGAGAAGUUAGGUUCACAAUCUAUUGCCGGAGACAUAUGCUUUAAUUUGGAUGAUGAGUUAGAGAAUAAUAAGCAAUCCACGGCUGUUUCAGAGAAGGCUCGUCAUUUGUCAUUCAAUCGUCAACGUUACGAGAUGAUGAGAAAAUUCGAAGCGUUUCAUAAGGCUAAGUGUUUGCGGACGUUACCCGAUUCAGUGGGUCAUCUUUAUAAUUUGCAAACACUGAUAUUACGCAAUUGCUAUAGACUUGUUGAGUUGCCUAUGGGAAUUGGAGGCCUCAUCAACCUUCGACAUGUUGAUAUUUCUGGUGCAGUUCAACUACAGGAGAUGCCCCCUCAAAUGGGAAACUUAACCAAUUUGCAAACAUUAUCCGACUUUAUUGUGGGCAGAGGUAGCAGGUCGGGUGUCAAAGAAUUAAAGAAUUUGUUGGGUCUCCAAGGAAAGCUUUCCAUUUCAGGGUUGCAUAAUGUGGUAGAUAUUCAAGAUGCAAGGAGUGUUAAUUUACAGAAGAAGCAGAACAUCAAAGAGUUAACACUGAAAUGGAGCAGUGAUUUUGGUGAAUCAAGAAAUAAAAUGAAUGAGACGCUUGUUUUAGAGUGGCUACAACCUCAUAGAAAUCUGGAAAAGCUCACCAUUGCAUUCUAUGGUGGACCAAACUUUCCAAGUUGGAUAAAGAAUCCCUCAUUCCCUUUAAUGACACACUUGGUUCUCAAGAAUUGCAAGAUAUGCACAUCGUUACCGGCUCUCGGCCAAUUAUCCUUACUCAAAAACUUGCAUAUCGAAGGGAUGAGUGAAGUUAGAACCAUAGAUGAGGACUUUUAUGGAGGGAUUGUCAAGUCUUUUCCAUCCUUGGAGUUUCUGAAGUUUGAAAAUAUGCCAACAUGGAAAGAUUGGUUUUUUCCAGAUGCAGAUGAACAAGUGGGACCAUUUCCAUUCCUUCGAGAACUUACAAUAAGGAGAUGCUCAAAGCUAGGUAUACAGUUGCCUGAUUGCCUACCUUCUCUGGUUAAACUUGAUAUCUUUGGGUGUCCAAAUUUGAAAGCUCCCUUUUCAGGAUUUGCAUCUCUUGGUGAAUUAAGUUUAGAAGAAUGUGAAGGGGUGGUGUUCAGAAGUGGGGUUGGUAGUUGUCUUGAAACAUUAGCUAUUGGACGGUGUCACUGGCUUGUAACGUUGGAGGAGCAAAUGCUACCUUGCAAACUUAAAAUUUUGAAAAUACAAGACUGUGCUAACCUGGAGGAGCUGCCAAACGGAUUGCAAAGUCUCAUAUCUCUCCAAGAGUUGAAAUUAGAGAGGUGCCCCAAACUGGUUUCAUUUCCAGAGGCCGCUUUGUCACCCUUGCUCAGAUCUCUGGUGCUGCAGAACUGCCCAUCUCUCAUAUGCUUUCCAAAUGGUGAGCUGCCCACCACGCUCAAGCAUAUGAGGGUUGAAGAUUGUGAAAAUUUGGAGUCUCUACCAGAGGGAAUGAUGCACCACAAGUCCUCUUCCACUGUAAGCAAAAACACUUGUUGCCUUGAAAAAUUGUGGAUAAAGAAUUGUUCCUCUCUCAAGUUCUUUCCAACAGGAGAAUUACCCUCCACCCUUGAGCUCCUUUGUAUUUGGGGAUGCGCAAACUUGGAGUCAAUAUCAGAGAAAAUGUCACCCAAUGGCACAGCUCUUGAAUAUUUAGACAUAAGGGGCUAUCCAAAUCUGAAAUUCCUACCAGAAUGCCUUACAAGCCUCAAGGAGCUCCACAUAGAAGAUUGUGGAGGUCUGGAGUGUUUUCCAAAAAGAGGGUUGUCAACCCCCAACCUCAUGCACCUUCGUAUUUGGAGAUGUGUGAAUCUCAGGUCCCUUCCACAGCAAAUGAAAAACCUCACAUCUGUUCACACUCUCAGCAUACGGGGUUGUCCAGGAGUGGAAUCCUUUCUAGAAGGGGGUUUGCCCCCCAAUCUAACAUCACUUUACGUUGGAUUGUGUCAGAAUCUGAAAACACCCAUAUCUGAAUGGGGACUCCUUACCCUCACCUCUCUUUCUGAAUUGUCCAUUUGUGGAGUGUUUCCCAAUAUGGCUUCUUUUUCGGAUGAAGAGUGUCUGCUUCCUCCAUCUCUGACCUAUCUUUCCAUCAGUGAACUAGAAUCUUUAACCUCCCUGGCUCUCCAAAAUCUGGUGUCUCUUACUGAACUAGUUCUUGCUAAUUCUUUUCCUGCUAAUGUGACUGCCAAUUUUCAUUCUAAAUUCAUGGGGUUCUGGCUUGACAAGGAUGUUGCAGAGGUUUUGACAAAGGAAAGGGCUGCCUGCAACACUCCCAAUGCUUGA